CCCGGGGCCUUCUAUAUGGGCCACCUCCUCUCGAAGGAGCCGCGUAACCGCCCGAGCCGCAAGAGGCCGCGCUGCUGCAGCUGGUGCCGCCGCCCUCUGCUCCCGGCGCCCCGCCGGGCUCCGGCCAAGGCGGCCCCGCAGCCCGCGCCGCCCGGCAGCCGCGACUGCUUCCUCCGCGGGCCCUGCAUGCUCUGCUUCAUCGUGCACGGCCCCGGCGCGCCCGCCCCCGCCGGCCCGGAGGAGGAGCCGCCGCUCCCGCCGCUCCCGCCGCCGCCGCCGCCGCGGGACGGGGCCUACGCCACCGCCGCCGCCGCCACCGCCUGCUCGCAGCACCUGGCGCGGCGCUACGCGGCCCUGGCCGCCGAGGACCGCGCCGCCGCCGCCCGCCGCCUCCUGCUGGCCUCGGCCUCGGCCUCGCCGCCCGCGCCCUGCUGCAAGGAGCUGGGGCUGGCCGCCGCCGCCGCCGCCGCCGCCUGGGAGCAGCAGGGCCCGGGCGUCUUCCUGGCCGGCGUGGGGCCCGUGCGCUUCCUGGGGCCGCCGGCCGCCGGGCAGCUCUUCCGGGGCCCGCAGCCGCCGCAGGCCGAGCCGUCCACGGUCCUCGAGAUGGUUUGCAAGCGGAAGGGGGCCGGGGUCCCCGCCUGCACCCCCUGCAAGCAGCCCCGCUGCGGCGGCGGCGGGGGCGGCGGGGGCUGCGGCGGGGGCUGCGGCGGCGGCGGCGGCGGCGGAGGAGGCGGAGGGGGGGCACCGGCUGGGGGAGGCGCCUCGCCGCCGCGGCCGCCCGAUGCCGGCUGCUGCCAGGCCCCGGAGCAGCCCCCGCCGCCGCCGCCGCCCCCGCCGCCGCCGCUCUGCCCCGCGCCCGCCUCUCCCGCCUCCGACUGUGCCCCCAUCGAGGCCGCCGGGGACGCCGUCCGAGCUGGGGGCACCGCCCCCUCGUCCACCCAGCAGCAGCCGGAGAGUGGCGACGCGGACUGCCAGGGGCACCCCGAGAACCCCUGCGACUGCCCCAGGGAGCCGCCCCCCGAAAUCCCAGACAUCAACCAGCUGCCGCCGUCCAUCCUGCUGAAGAUAUUUUCCAAUUUAUCCCUGGAUGAACGUUGCCUUUCUGCAUCAUUGGUCUGCAAGUACUGGCGUGACCUUUGUUUGGAUUUCCAGUUCUGGAAGCAGCUGGAUCUUAGCAGUCGUCAGCAGGUCACUGAUGAACUAUUGGAAAAAAUUGCAUCUAGAAGUCAGAAUAUAAUUGAACUCAACAUUUCUGACUGUCGCAGUAUGUCUGACACCGGCGUGUGUGUGUUAGCGUUUAAGUGUCCUGGACUACUUAGGUACACAGCCUACAGGUGCAAACAGCUCUCUGACACCUCCAUUACUGCGGUGGCCUCUCACUGUCCUUUACUACAGAAAGUACACGUAGGCAACCAGGACAAACUUACUGAUGAAGGACUCAAGCAGCUGGGCUCCAAAUGCAGAGAACUCAAAGACAUUCACUUUGGCCAGUGUUACAAGAUCUCAGAUGAAGGCAUGAUUGUCAUAGCUAAGGGCUGCCUGAAGCUACAGAGGAUAUACAUGCAGGAGAACAAACUGGUGACAGACCAGUCAGUGAAGGCAUUUGCUGAGCACUGCCCUGAACUGCAGUAUGUCGGCUUCAUGGGUUGUUCAGUUACUUCCAAAGGAGUCAUUCAUCUGACCAAGCUGAGAAACCUUUCCAGCUUGGACCUGCGUCAUAUCACUGAACUGGAUAACGAAACUGUGAUGGAGAUCGUGAAGAGAUGCAAAAACCUUAGCUCUCUGAACCUCUGUCUGAACUGGAUCAUUAACGACAGGUGUGUGGAGGUCAUUGCCAAGGAGGGGCAAAACCUGAAAGAGCUGUACUUGGUGUCCUGUAAAAUCACCGAUUAUGCACUGAUCGCCAUUGGGCGAUACAGCGUGACCAUAGAGACGGUGGACGUUGGAUGGUGUAAAGAAAUCACAGAUCAAGGAGCCACCCUGAUUGCACAGAGCAGCAAAUCCCUGAGAUACUUGGGACUGAUGAGAUGUGACAAAGUCAACGAAGGGACGGUGGAGCGGCUGGUGCAGCAGUACCCUCACGUCACCUUCAGCACUGUCCUGCAGGACUGCAAGCGGACCUUGGAGAGAGCCUACCAGAUGGGCUGGACCCCCAACAUGUCUGCCGCCUCCUCCUAACACUCCUGCCCAUCCCUGGGCCUCCUCAGGUCAUUGAGCAGGGCAGAGAAACGGGAGGAGGUGUGCGGCUGCCAUAGAGAGUCUUCUGGAGAGUUUUAACCGCCACCUGUCUGUGUCUGUACCCUGUACCCGUGUUAUGUGUGUGUCUUGUUGGCAUACCGCUUAGCAUAAGUGCACUUGUUAUGUCCCCAGGUGAGCUGGCUUGUUUCCCUAAAAAUGGAAGAUUAUGAAAACCACAAGACUUUCUCUUUUUAAGUCAAAAGUUUAUUUCUCAAAAAAAAAAAAAAAAAAAAAGGCUUUGUGAAGUCUCAAGUCAGAAAACUGGGUGUAUUAUUUUGAGCUUCCGAGUUAUGCCACGUUUCGGAGACACUGGGCAAAAGGCUUUCUUUUGUGAUGGAAUACACGGUUCACUUCCGGCAAGGCCGGAACAGAAAGUGGUGUGGCUCUAACUAGAAGCCUGGAGACAGUACCCUUCAGACUCCCAGAACAUACUUCAGCUCUCAGGCUGGCUCAUGCCUGUGCACACAUGUGAAGUUAUUUCCUAACAUGGGGGCCUUCCUGGAGGGCAUGGAGCCAGCAUCCCAUCCCAUCCCCGAUGAAAAUGGCUGACUCACUCUGCCCACAGGUGGUCAACUUGCUUUCCCAUCCCCUCGGUAACUUAGGAACUGGGGAGAAUAAAGCCUUUUGUAAAUUUGUAUAUGAAGGCAACAAUCUGAAGUUCCCUGGUCAGCUCACAAAAGUUAAUUAUUCAUUAUUCUGUAAAUGCAUUCUGUUGAGUAAUAAAUAUUUUAGUUGGUUUUACAUUAACGCUGUGUUAGCUUUUACUUUGUGGGUAGUUACUGGUCAGGGUAUAGUCUAGUGACAUUUGGGGCUAAUCUUAUCGUUAUCCACAUUGAGGCCACGAAUGUAAAUUAAUGGUAUGCAGUUAUUUUAAAGAUUUUACAGAUCAUUUCAUUAUUUUGGUAAUUAUGAACAUAUAUUCUGAGGUGCAGUAGUCAUGUUAAUAGAAGAUUAAUGAAUGGGAUAUAAGUAGACAAUCUUCCUGUUGAAUAUUUUCUUUUGCUUUGGGAUUUAGAACAGGUUUUUUGGAUAUAUGCAUGUUAUAAUUUUGAAUAGUUCUUACACUACUGCAAAGGUCUACUGUUAGCUAAUGUAUGAAUUAAGGAGAGAUUUAGAAAAUCCGUUUACACUUGCCAGAAAUAAGUAUUUUAGUUUAAUUAAAUAUUACCAGCAUUGAGUUAUCUCAGUACCUAUCAGAAAAUGAGUAUCUGUUUUGAUUUCACACAUUUUACAGUUAAUUCAUUGUAGGGACUUGGACUCCAAAAGCCUCUCCUGUGUCUAGAUCUAUAAUCAGGCCACAGGGAGCCCUUUUAAGCUAAAGAGUGAUUAUCUUUCGUAGUAGGAGAAGAAAACCUUGACUUUUGAACUUGCUAUUUAUUCUCCCCUUAUGUGGUCUUUGGUCUUUAACAAUUAUAAUGAGGUUUGACUAUUCCCUAUAAAUUCCAAUGCGGCUAAAGUGAUUGGAGCUGUAAGAAGCAGAAAGCAGCCUUAUGUUUGAGUCCAUCCACAUAUGUAUGCUAGCUUUUCUUAGAAGAGGCGUGUCUGCUUCCAGUGUGUCAACAUGCUUCUGGUACGGCUCUUUUUCUUUUGUUUUAACUCCAACCAGUUCAAAAUACAUAUACUGAGCAGGUACCAGGAAUACUUUUUUUUUUCCUUUCCCACAACCAAGCAGGUUGAAAGUUUAAUUUGAAGGGAAUAAAAUUUGUCUAAUUUCUAAGACCAAGCAGUUUACCAUUAGAAAACAUUUCCUCUUAUACAUUGAACUGUAUCAUUUUAUACCCUUUUCUCCACUACUAAAAAGAAAAAAAAUGGUAUUUCAUAAUAUUUUAACUGGUUUUUAACCCAAAACUAAUUUAUAAGACUGUAUUAUAGUUAUAGUAGCUUGAGUGAAUAAACAAGUUUAAUUUUUAUAUAGGUCACACUAUAUUUUAAAUAGUUACAAAAAGAAAAAAGAAGGGAAAGCCAUCUUUGCUAUAGAUGGUACAAUUUCAGUUCAAAGCUGUAACAGUCUUUGGAGUGUUGUAGCUGUCAGUGGUUUCACAGUGUGGAAUUGAUUCUGUAAUGUUACCUUCUUUGAACCUCAGGCUCUGCACUCUUAACACGCUUUAGCUUGGGGGUUGGGGGGGCUGCACUUAACUCUCCAAGACGCUGACUAAUACAGAAAGCCUGACGCAACAGAACCCGGAACACUGCUUUGGCUCAUUUAUAGAAAUCUGUAGAAAUAUCAUACCCAGCCUCAAAGUAUUAAUCUCAUAAAAAACAGCCAAGAAAAGCAUCACCUUGAGUGAUGCUGUAGAGGUUGUUGAAUGUGCUCUUAUUAGACGCUCUGAAAUGAGGCUUAAAAUACUUUUUCUGGGCAAUAUAGUUCCUUGUGUUUUUCCUUAGACUGUCAUAAAUACAUGUGAACACAUUUAAUGCAGGGCUUUUUAUCCUCUCCAAAUGUCAACAGUAUUUUCAGAAUAAAACCUAUGAAAUAUAUUGCUGUAGUGGAAAAGUCUGGCCCUUUGUAUUUAAUGUCCGUUUGAGUGGAUAAAGAAAAUUCACCCAGUUUGUAGUUUCUAUAUUUCUGUGAACCUUUUGACCUUGCAAUGGGUUGCAAUAAAAGAGAAACAAAACUGCA